CUUGGCUCAGUUUUGGGGGGCCUCAGGGUCAAAUAGGUGCCCACCUGAGUGAAGAUCCCUUGCCAUGUCUGAUAGCAAGGUCUUCCUAGGUUGCAUCCCGAAUCACGUGGAUAAGGAGGUGCUGAAAGAGGAAUGUGAGAAGCAGGGUACAAUCAAAGAAUUCUUCUACAUGCAGGACGAAGUCGGUACAGAUAGAGGUUGGGCCUUCGUCACCUACGAGGAUGAGACAGAAGCUGCGGUCGCUGUGGCGAUGUUUAACGGACAGCAGAUAUUUCCUGGCAGCGCGAGACCGCUGCAGUGUAAGUUUGCAAAUGAAAAAAUCACCAAGAUUGAAGGAACAGUGUUUGAGGCCCCAACAAAGGCUGUGACUCCGUGGCAAGAGUUUACCACUCCGGAGGGCAAGCCCUACUACUACAACAGCGUUACCAAAGAAACCAGAUGGGAGAAGCCGGCGGAGCUUGGAGGGCAGACGGCACCUGGGGCGCCAUCGUUGCCUGCUGCAGCUAGCGGCACUACUGGCCAACUGGCUCUCACCCAGGCAGCAUUGCCCGCAAUGCAGGGAGGAAAUGGACCGCCAGGAGCCAACAUCUUUGUUUUCCACGUUCCAAUCAAUUGGACUGACGAUGACUUCAAUGCACACUUCUCUCCGUUUGGAACGAUUGUCUCUGCAAAGAUUCAUGUGGACCCUGUGACCAAGGCAUCCAAGGGCUUUGGCUUCUGUUCAUAUGCGACAACGCAAGCAGCUACCAUGGCCAUCAAAGGAAUGAAUGGUUUUGACACCAAGCAAGGAAAGUUCCUGAAAGUCACAAUCAAAAAGGGUGAAGAGCAGUACAAUCCUGACGCCGUCUCUGCGCAAAACGUGCCGGUUCAGACGGGAGGUACAACCACACCAGCUAUUGUUGGUGUCCAGCCCACCGUUGCGAUGGGUGUCGACUCUUCGACCCUGGCGCAAGCUGCUUCCAAGGGUCAGCUGGUCAAGGCCAAUCCAACUCAACCACCAGCACCUUUGGCACUGCCAGGGCAAUGAACUGGGCUUGGUGCUUAAUGCUGACCUGGAACCUGUGAAGCAAAGUAGCUGCCACGCUGAAAACGGGCACCGGCGCAGCAGACGCAAAAGGGCGUCUUGUAUAUACAAAGCCUCAAGAGCUUGUCAUGCUGAGAUCAUCUCAAACUUGGGGUUCUCAUUGCAUGUCGUUGCGG